AUGUUCGGAACUUUGCUAGCACGCAAGUUUUGGCUGCUCACCGAUAUGAUUUGGCACAUUGCUCUAUGCGCGGUGUUUGUUUCACAAAUUGUGGAUGCCGGUUUCCCAAUUACUCGAACUAGGAGCAUUUACAAAGAGGACAACCGAACGAUUAGUGAACUUUCAUCAGCUCUCGGAGCUGCUUUCCCACCGUGUUGUUCCGAUACGAUUUCCAGCAUUGCUUGUAGAAGACUUCAACAAAAUAAUCCUUCAAAAUUCCUUGAUAGAUGCCGCAGCGAUGCCGAUUUCUCUCUCAUUCAAUGUUGCAACACUUGUGGUCUUGAAAGUGCCGCCGACCGUUAUGAAUUAAUAUUUGAGCAUGGUCACCGUUCGAACCAAUGCUUUGACCGACACGGAAGCGAGUUUUGCAAGCGGUUCCUAAAGAAGGAAGACGUAUGGGGCAAGUCUCACUGGUCUUGCGAUGGCUCGACAGCGCAUUUGGCAUUCCGUAUCUGUAGAAAAACUUGCAACUUUUGCCGACGGGACAUCUAUCGAACACCGUUGGGACGAUUUCAGCCAGUCGCUUGUGGAAAACCGCCAGUUCUGUUGCCAAACUAA